GUAUCCAUCCUGGAGGGUAUUUUUACGGCUCUCCGGAGCCCACUCAAUUUGGAUCUCCUGAGUUUAUCAUACAUCAUGAUAUUGUUUAUGUCUGCGUUAGUUUUCGUUUGCAUAUUUUAGGAUUUUUAAACCUCGGUUUGCCAGAAUGUUCGGGAAACCAAGGAUUGAAAGAUAUUAUAAUGAGUCUCGAAUGGGUAAGAGACAACAUAAGCGUUUUUGGCGGUGAUCCUAAUGAUGUAACUCUACUAGGAAGCAGUAGCGGAUCAUCUUUGGCACAUUUUUUAAUGACUGCACCAAAAGCAAACGGUUUAUUUCAUAAAGCAGUUCUAAUGGGAAUGUAUAAUAUGAGCCCAGUCAUCAUAAACCCAAAUGAGAAUAUCGCGGUAGCUUUCGAAAUGGCUCAACAAUUGGGAUACGAUGGACCAGCUGAAGAUAGAAAAAAAUUAUUAUCGUUUUUCAAAAAAAUUCCAGUCGAUGCCAUGAUACUUCUGAGAAUAGAAAACAUUAACACCAGAGUAAUUUUUUGA